GACGCGCAUCCGGCCAGACCUUCACGCGGUCGCCAAUUUGGUUUGUUACCUUUUAUUAUUAAGGCUACAAAGGAGGCAAUUGUAUUAACUAUCUAGGAACCUGAUAUACCCUCAGGCCUAUUUACUUUACCAAACCAUUGCAUCAGACACGCUUCUGCGCCUGGCUUCACUUUUUUCUGUACUUUGUUCGAUCUCAGCAGUGCGGUAAUGAACAACUUAUUGGUAGCAGUCUCAUUGGCAUUGGCUAACAAUCGGCGCUGUGUCGUUCAUACGUGUGAUUUGGACGCUGCCGUGACAGCCCUUAAAACGGUGGUGUCGCUGGCGGACCUUGAGGCCGUUGAAGUGGAUUUGAAGUCACUUUUGGAUCAAAAUGACUCGCUUCUAUCCAGUUUGACCACACAAGUUUCGGGGAAACGGUGGUUGCGGGAUGUACUCAUAUGGCGCCUGGUAGAGCAAUGUACGGCCGAGCAGCAGCGGCAAUUGGUUGGGAUUUUGGACCAGCUCGAUGGAUAUGACACCAAUGCCCACAGGAUUUGUCCUCGUGAUACAAUACAAAUACAAGGUCAGGACGUAUUUCUCCCUGUGUUCCACACGGUCAUCAUGGUGGUUGAAGUCAGUGGAUUCGAGAACGGUAUCAGCGCUGCUGGCUCUAUGUUACCAACGUGGUACAAGCGACUUAAAGAAAAGUUCUGGUUUUCCCAUUUCUAUACUCAAGAUGGCCAAGAUGAGCCCAGGUCGUUGCAGAUGGUCGACUAUUCAAAAGAACUUCUCAAGGUUCGAAGUAGAAUCCCAUGUGUACACCUCAGCCAUGAGAUCAUGGAUUAUAUCCAUUCACUAAUGGUGUUUAUUCGCAAUCAUCGACUCCAGUCCCUUGCCCCGUUACAAACCCGGCUACUGACCGAUACCAUCGACCACGUCUCACUCCUAGCACGUUCUAUUGUGGCAUGGCUGCGUCGGACCGACUCUGGUCUGAAUACUUCGUUGUACGUCACACCUGAAGUGUGUCAAGUUGCAAUGCGCAAAAUUGGCUACUGGCUAGUCGAUUGGCAGAUUCCUGGUGGGCUCUUUGACUUAUCUGCUCGGGUCCCAACUGGAAAAGAUACAGAGGAACAGCUUGAAAAUAACCGGAAAUUGGUGGUCAAUAUGCUUGCGGGUGCGUGGUAUGGCAGUGAAUGGCCCUACGUGAAAGAGUAUAUUCAACAGCACGAAGCUCGUUUUGAUCCCACCAGUAAUACUGGAUACCUGAAUUCAAUGAUCGAGGAUAGUAUUUCUGCUGUGCAGCCGCCCAUGUAAUGGUGGAGGUUUCUGGUGCUCAACUGGUGCAGCCUGUGAGGAACAUAAUGAUAAUGAAAACCCAAUAACAAAUUAAUAUUCCGUAUUC